AUGAGCUCCGAGAAAAAAUGUGACGGUUCCGCGGCGGCAGCUUUCCUGGCCGCGAUGGCAACUGGCACGGUCGGUGCUGUCGCCACCAAGACAAUGUUCAUGGUCCACGCUGUUGGGAGCACUGGUGAGAUGGAGCCGUUCACCCCUCCGCUGUACUUUACGCUGGUGAUGUUUGUUGGCAUGGCGCUCGCACUCCCUUGGCACUUUUGGGAGAGCCGUGGCAGCGAAGAGCCUGGGCCCAGCCUCGGGCUGAUCGCGCUGCUGUGCGUGCCGGCGCUGCUUGACAUGAUUGGCACCGCAAUCCUCAUGCUCGGCCUCCUGCUGAUCCCUCUUUCGGUCAACAACCUCCUGCGCGGCUCAAUCAUCAUUUUCGUGGCUGGAGCGAAGCAGUUUGUGCUGGGCGACCAGCUGACAAAGCCGAUGUGGGCGGGCGUCGGCGUGAUCACAAUCGCAAUCACAGUCAUCGGUGUGGCUGCAGUUGGCAACGGGGGCGGCGGCGCCGGCUCGGGCGAUGCCUCAGGCCUCUUGGCGGGGGUGGCGCUGACGAUCGUCGCCACCCUCGUCUCGGCCGUCCAAUUCGUGGCGGAGGAGAAGCUCAUGUCCAGCCUUUCGGCUCCUCCUAUGCUCCUCGUGGGGAUGGAGGGCCUCUGCGGCACCGUCCUGACUCUCUUUGUCGCCUACCCGAUCUACUACUACAUCCCCGGCGCCGACCACGGCCACUUUGAGGACCCGUGGAACACGAUCGCGAAGCUGGGCAACUCGACACCCGCCGUGCUGCUCUCCCUCGCCGCCAUGCUCUCCACCUUCCUCUUCAACGUGUUCUCGAUGCUCGUGACGCACAAGCUCUCGUCUGUUUGGAAGGCCAUCUUGCAGAACAUCAGGCCGGCCAGCAUCUGGCUGACGCAGCUCGCGCUCUACUACUACGUCACUGACGGCGCGUUUGGAGAGGCCUGGCUCGGGCUCGCCUCCUGGGUGCAGCUGGCCGGAAUGCUGAUGCUCCUCCUGGGCAUGGCGGUGUACAAUGGCAACAUCACUCUGCCGGGGUGUGCCGACGACACCGUAAUGUCGCCCAUGACCGACGACGCAAAGGUCAGGGCGAGCACGGCCGACGCAGACACGAGGCCGAUCAUCAGCCGCGCCUCCGUCCGGCAGAGCGGGCUCUCGAAGAGCCUGCUCCCGAAGUGA